CACAUAUCACACUCCGUUUACAAGCGGCCGACUAAACUACUAACGAUGACCGAUGUUCAAAACGUGGCCGAUUUUGUCAAUACCAACGGCUACAUAAGCGGCUUGUCCGUUCUCAACGAAGAAGAGACGUUGGAGUUGAGGAAGAAUUUCAACGAUUUUGAAAAAAAUAUUGGCAAGGAGAAUGCCCAGUACAACCUCCACAACGUACACGUGGAACACCCCUGGGUGCUGAAGGUGGCUACAAAACCCUCCGUCCUCAAGCCACUGAAGGAGAUCCUUGGUCCCAACCUCAUACUCCUCGACUCCAGGUUUAUCUGCAAAUACCCCAACGAGGAGGUGCCCCAGAGCGACGGCUCUGAAGCAUUCGUUGCUUGGCAUCAGGAUGUCAGGUACUGGGGCGUCGAAGGAGACGUUAUCAGCGUGUGGCUGGCUGUUGAUGACGCUGACGAGGAGAACGGCUGCAUGAUCGUCAUUCCAGCAACACACAAGAGCGGAAUCCUGCAGCAUGACCAAUCAGAUGCCAAGGGUAACCUGCUCACCUCCAACCAGGAGAUCCCUCCGCACUUGUACGACGAAACAAAGGCCGUUCCCUGUCCACUCAAAGCUGGCCAGAUGUCCCUCCACCACGGCCACAUCGUACACGGCAGCAGACCCAACAGAUCAAACCGACGUCGCUGCGGCUUCGUCAUCCGUUACAUAGCAACCACAGCUUAUCCAAUCGUUGACGAAGCUCGUCCCCGGAAGUUCGCCACAACCGUGUUGCUUUCUGGGACUGACGAGCACAAGAAUUUCGAGGACCAUGCCCCUGCCUGGUUCGAUUGGAGAGAAUAAGAUGUCAGCUACAUUUCCUUGUGUUGGUGAUAAUGUGCUAAGAUUUAUGUAUUUUGGUUGUGGUGUAAUAUUUCAUCAUAGCACCAUAGCGCCUCAACCGUUCGUCAAAAUUUUAGAUUACAGUAAUGUAUUGGUGUGAUCUAUAGUUGGUUCAUUGUCAAAAACAUUACUGCGACUGUAAAUGUCAAAAUAUUUUCAUUCAUGUAAGCAAAUCAUAUACCAACCAUUAAUUUUCUGAACUGUUUGUCAGUGAAACACACAAUGCCAAACAGACACAUAUUUAUGCUCAUUUUUUGACAAGCAUAUUCGUAUCGUUCAAAGCUAAACCUUACAUGUAAUACCUAAAAAAUAUUAUACAUCCCUAUCGAAAGUCGGAUACUACUAUAGUGGGGUUCAACCGUCCUCUCUCACCCAGUCGCUAUGAUGUCCUCGAGUUAAAAUCAGAUUUAACCAGUCACCACUGGAAGUAACCAACCAAAUAAAAAUAAAAAACUCUUUUCAGUCCAAAAGUCUUCUUGACAUUUUCAGGAAUGUUAUCUAGCAGUCGACGUGGAUUGGCUGCGAUCCACAAACAAACACGAUGAUUCAUAUGUCAGCUCGACACAGAAAUGGUUUACUGUAAUUCAAUGCUCAUCUUCUGACUCGAAUAGCAGCCAUUGGACGGCUUCAUCUAAAAAAAUCAUGAACUAUUUUUAUCGGAAUGCUUAGGAAAAGAGGUGUCACAUGAGUGUUUAAUGUUUAUUAUUCAUCAGUGUGUAUGGAGAGUGAAUGUGUCGUAUAUAUGUGAAUGCCCCAGUGAAUGUGAACCAUAAAGAGUGAAUAGUCAUAAUGCGAAUAACUAUGUAAAAGGUGUAUAACCGGACUGGGUUUUGUGUGUGCAUGUCUGUGAUGUAUAGGAAACCGUACCAGGAAAAACCCGACUGUUUACAUAUGACGAGCCAAUAGGACCUUUCCGUCGCCACAAACAAUGUUAUAAUCACAACUAUCAAGUAUUUGAAAUUAUUGCACGAGUUGACAAAUCCAUAUUUCUCUUCUUCUUUCUUUUUUAAAUUUUUAUUCCUGUAGACAUAUUAUAUGAUCAAGAUGUAUUAUCAUAUACAUCUAUUAUAUAUAUGCCAUACCAAAACCCCAUUUCUGAUAUAUAUUUACUUAGUGUAAUGAAGUUCGAAACAAAAAUAUUUGGUUCCAUUUUAAGAAAUGAAUUAAUUAGUGUGGUUCUUUAUACAAACUUCUUUGUAUCAUUGCUUGACAGAAACAACAGAAGUCGUGUGGCAAAUUGUCAAAGUAUCACUGAAAUGUUUUUAUUAAUACAACACAGUUUUAAAAAGGCUUAUAAUUAAUGCUGAAAUUUGGUUUUGUCUUGCGUUCUCGAAACCAAGUGUAUUGGUAGGUCGUGUUAUUUUCUGUUGAUAAGUUAUUUUGUUAGUUACCUACAGAAAAUUCCGUUAAUAGAAGCCCUCUUAUGGGAAAAUGUGUAUAUACAUGCACUGAUGAAUGCUUACCAUUCACUUCAUAAAGGGUAAGAAGAGGUUUGGCUUUUUCACAUGUUAAAAAUUGUUUGUUUAAAAAAAUGUGAUGGUAAAACAGCGUAAUAUAGAGAAUCUAAUAUAUGAAAGUACGUUAUUCAGUGGGCAAGUUUGACAGGGUAACUGAAUUUCCAAAGACAGCCAACGAUGUUAAUUGUUUACAUAACAUCAGUAUUGUAUGCUUCUAUACCCUUUCAUGACGUCAUGGAUGGUGUUUGUUCUUUGUAUUGUUUUGUUUUCUGAAAUAAAUAAAACAUUCUGUUUA